CUCAAAUAAAAGAGACAAUUUGGUAUAAAUUCGUAGAAGUUCCUUAAAAUCUAUUAAUACUGGCACUUUACGAUAAACAGUAAAACUAUUAGGAAAGGAAAUUACAUUUUUUGACUUGGUUCAUCAAAAAGUAGACACAUUGGACCAACAUUGGACUGGGCGUAACAUCAAUUCGUCUUUUUUCAGAAACAUCUCAUUAAAACCUACAUUUAGCGGUAUAUUAUGGCUCAGCCUGCAGAUGAUGAUGAAGAGGAUUUAGUAUUCAACGUAGAAGAUAUACAAAAAAUCAUCCGUGAUAACAUCGAGCUUUGUCUCGGCGGAAACACAUAUAGCCAUUCCCGUACGCCACAAUGGAUUGCUAUCAUCACAGAUAAAACUAUGUCCAGAAUUCAUAAACUAAACAAGCCAUUCAAAUAUAUUCUUCGGAUUAUAAUAACUCAGAAGAACGGGACGGGCCUGCACACAGCCGCGGCGUAUUACUGGGACAUUGCAACGGACGCCACCUGCACUGUUCGCUGGGAAAAUAAGUUUAUGUAUUGCAUCGUCAGCGUAUGGGGUUUGGCGUUACAGAUUUAAUUAGGUUAAUUUCAUUAUGAAUUAAAUAUUUAUCAUAAUAAA